CAGCCGGAGCCGGAGCUGGAGCCGGAGCGAGCCCGCCCCGGGGGGAGGGCGGCGAGCCAUGACGGGCGGCGGCGCGGCGUUCCGCCGUCGGUGCUAGAGGGCGACCGCGGGGCGCGGAGCCCGCCUGGCGCGGAGCGCGGAGGCAGCGCGGAGGGGCCGCCGCCGCCGCUGCCGCCGCCGCCAUGGGCAACGCGGGGAGCGUGGACUCGCAGCAGACGGAGUUCAGGGCACACAGCGUGCCCCUCAAGCUGCCCAUGCCCGAGCCCGGCGAGCUGGAGGAGCGCUUCGCCGUCGUCCUGAAUGCGAUGAACUUGCCGCCUGACAAAGCCCGGCUGCUGCGGCAAUAUGACAAUGAGAAGAAGUGGGAGCUCAUCUGUGACCAGGAAAGGUUUCAAGUGAAGAAUCCUCCACAUACAUACAUCCAGAAGUUGAAGGGCUAUCUGGACCCAGCUGUAACCAGGAAGAAAUUCAGAAGACGAGUCCAAGAGUCUACUCAAGUACUCCGAGAACUGGAAAUUUCUUUAAGAACAAAUCACAUUGGAUGGGUCAGGGAGUUCCUGAAUGAAGAAAACAAAGGCCUGGAUGUGCUGGUGGAGUACUUGUCGUUUGCACAGUAUGCGGUCACAUUUGACUUUGAAAGUUUGGAGAACAAUGUGGAAAACUCGAUGGAUAAGUCCAAACCUUGGAGCAGAUCUAUUGAGGACCUGCACAGAGGCAGUAAUUUACCCUCACCAGUUGGCAACAGCAUUUCCCGCUCUGGCAGACACUCGACUUUACGGUAUAACACCUUGCCAAGCCGAAGAACGUUAAAAAAUUCCAGAUUAGUGAGUAAAAAAGAUGAUGUUCAUGUCUGCAUCAUGUGUUUACGGGCCAUAAUGAAUUACCAGUACGGAUUCAAUAUGGUCAUGUCGCAUCCACAUGCCGUUAAUGAAAUUGCACUAAGUUUGAACAACAAGAAUCCCAGGACAAAGGCCCUUGUCUUAGAACUUUUAGCAGCUGUUUGCCUUGUUAGAGGAGGACAUGAAAUCAUUUUAUCUGCAUUCGAUAACUUCAAGGAGGUGUGUGGAGAGAAGCAGCGCUUUGAGAAGCUGAUGGAGCACUUCCGAAAUGAAGACAACAAUAUAGACUUUAUGGUGGCCUGCAUGCAGUUCAUCAACAUCGUUGUCCACUCGGUGGAGGACAUGAACUUCAGAGUCCACCUGCAGUACGAAUUUACGAAGCUUGGUCUGGACGAGUACUUGGACAAACUGAAACACACGGAGAGCGACAAACUGCAGGUGCAGAUCCAAGCUUACCUGGAUAACGUGUUUGAUGUGGGAGCUUUACUGGAGGAUGCUGAAACCAAGAAUGCAGCCCUGGAAAGAGUUGAAGAACUGGAAGAAAACAUUUCCCACUUAUCUGAAAAACUCCAAGAUACAGAGAAUGAAGCCAUGGCAAAGAUUGUGGAACUGGAAAAACAACUUAUGCAAAGAAACAAAGAACUGGAUGUGAUUCGGGAAAUCUACAAAGAUGCAAAUACUCAGGUUCACACCUUGAGAAAAAUGGUGAAAGAAAAAGAAGAAGCCAUCCAACGACAGUCAACGCUGGAGAAAAAGAUCCAUGAACUGGAGAAACAGGGAACCAUUAAGAUCCAGAAGAAAGGUGAUGGUGACAUUGCUAUCCUCCCUGUUGCUCUGGCCUCUGGGAUGGUACCAGCAGGGUCAGAGGCUGUGUCUGGAACGUGUGUCGCACCGGUUGCUGGAGCUGCAUCUUCAGUACCAUUGCCACCACCUCCACCACCACUACCCGCCUUAGCAGUGGCAUCAGAGGCAGUGCAAAAUGGUCCUGUUUCCGUGCCGAUGCCGCCUCCACCGCCACCGCCACCCCCACCUCCGCCGCCACCGCCGCCUCCUCUCCCAGGCCCAUCUUUGGAGAUGGCUCCUGCAGCUCCGCUGCCUCCCCCACCCCCGCCGUCGGCACCCCCCCUGCCCGGGACAGCCUCUCCCACCGUGGUGUUCAACUCAGGGCUCGCAGAUGGGCCAAUCAAGCUCUUCUCUGUGAAAAUCAAGAAACCGAUCAAGACCAAGUUCCGCAUGCCGGUCUUCAACUGGGUCGCCCUCAAACCCAACCAGAUCAAUGGGACGGUCUUCAACGAAAUAGAUGACGAAAGGAUCCUGGAGGAUUUAAAUGUGGAUGAGUUUGAAGAAAUAUUCAAAACAAAAGCCCAAGGUCCAGCUAUUGAUCUUACUUCGAGCAAGCAAAAGAUAACUCAGAAAGGGUCAAACAAAGUCACAUUACUGGAUGCCAACAGGGCCAAAAAUCUUGCCAUUACUUUAAGAAAAGCUGGAAAGACGGCAGAUGAAAUAUGCAAAGCUAUUCACGUGUUUGACCUGAAAACGUUGCCAGUGGAUUUUGUGGAAUGCCUCAUGCGGUUCCUGCCCACUGAGAAUGAAGUGAAAGUGCUGCGGCUCUACGAGCGGGAAAGGAAACCCAUCGAGAACCUGUCGGACGAAGACCGGUUCAUGAUGCAGUUCAGCAAGAUCGAGAGGCUAAUGCAGAAGAUGACCAUCAUGGCCUUCAUAGGCAACUUUGCAGAAAGCAUCCAGAUGCUGACCCCGCAACUUCACGCAAUAAUAGCUGCAUCUGUCUCAAUAAAGUCAUCCCAAAAACUUAAGAAGAUACUGGAGAUAAUCUUGGCUCUUGGAAACUACAUGAACAGCAGUAAACGAGGAGCUGUGUAUGGAUUUAAGCUACAGAGCUUAGACCUGCUCCUAGAAACAAAGUCAACAGACCGAAAGCAGACUCUGCUGCACUAUAUUUCUAACGUGGUCAAGGAGAAGUACCAGCACGUGUCCCUCUUCUACAACGAGCUUCAUUACGUGGAGAAGGCUGCUGCAGUGUCUCUUGAAAACGUCCUCUUGGACGUGAAGGAGCUGCAGAGGGGCCUGGACCUGACGAAGCGCGAGUACACCAUGCAUGACCACAACACGAUGCUGAAGGAGUUCAUUCAGAACAAUGAAGGGAAGCUGAAGAAACUGCAGGACGAUGCCAAAAUAGCCCAGGAUGCCUUUGAUGAUGCUGUGAAGUACUUCGGGGAGAAUCCCAAGACGACACCCCCUUCGGUCUUUUUCCCAGUGUUUGUCCGGUUUGUGAAGGCCUACAAGCAAGCAGAAGAAGAGAAUGAGUUAAGAAAAAAGCAGGAACAGGCCUUAAUGGAAAAACUUAUGGAACAAGAAGCAUUGAUGGAGCAACAGGACCAAAAGUCUCCGUCACAUAAAACAAAGAGACAGCAGCAAGAGCUGAUUGCAGAGCUCAGACGGCGGCAAGUCAAGGAUAACAGGCAUGUGUACGAAGGGAAGGAUGGUGCUAUUGAAGAUAUUAUAACAGCCCUAAAGAAGAAUAAUAUCACUAAAUUUCCAAAUGUUCACUCGAGGGUAAGGAUUUCUUCUAGCACACCGGUGGUGGAGGAUACACAGAGCUGGCAAGCAUCACUUUUUACUUAGCUUCCUCCUCUCUCUGUAUGGCAGGCAGCCUCUUGGUAGUUGUGGCUAAGUGUAAUACUGGUGAGAGCCUAAAGGCCAGUGGAGACUGGGGCCAUUUAUUUUCACCCUCUGUGGCGUAGCGGAUCCACAGGCUGUUGGCUGGUGACCGUCUUCACACUCUCUCUGUUUUGGCCCUUCCUCUUCCAAGUUUAGCCCGAGACAGGCAGCCUCGUCCCCCAGUUUUCGGCCCCGUAGUCCCCUGGAGGUCCUGCUGCCCCAUCUCAGCCCUGCCACGGCCACUGAGCAGGGCCUGAGAGAUGGACACCCGGCAGCUCCCCGUGCCCAGGUGGGCGAGGGCAGCCCCCAGCAUGGGCACCGUCUGCUGGGUAUGCCGAGAGCUGGGAAGCUGGGGAGCUGUACUUAAACCAGGGCAUAAGUCAUCCGGGAAAUGCGAGGGAGGGUUUGCCCGAUCCAGUGCAAAUUUGUUGUCCAGGUGAGAAGUAUUUUAACUGGAAUUAGCCGUCUAGUGUUCCAGUUGUGCCUGUUCUAUCGUAGCCACACAUGGAACAGCACAUGUAACACAUGGAACAGCCUUCCAUCAACAUGUCCAUCUCCAGCUUUCUCCAUGCUUCCACCCGUCGCACGCUCAGUGUUCCCUCCUCCUCCCUCCCGAGCUCUUGCCUCCCCAGCAGCAGCAGCAGGGCGGGUUGGGCCAGGCUUUGCUGCUGGCGAGGAGGAGGACGGAGGGUUUUGGCCUCUCUGCUGCCUUUGGCUAACGAAGCAUCUCUGCAGCCGGGCGAGAUGGCGGCAGUGGGGCAGGACGGCCGCAGCGUGCCAGCUGCUUUUUCCCAGGGCACCCUCUUUUAGCUCAGAGGGUGUACAGGGGUCCUAGGGCCGUCCUUGCGUUGCUGAACACUUGCACCAUCGUCCCCUGGGUCACACACCUCUGGUGAGCUUCAUCCCGCUUCAAAAAAUCUUCGGCCCCCGCUAGUGUUUGAGAGGCUGCGUGAGGGAGCAAGGCAUACGUCAGGCAAACUGAUUUCAGCUGACGUUGCCUUCCUGGCUGACACCCCCGCACACGAGCAGCCCGUGGGCGGGGAGCCGCUCAGACUAACUUGACGGCAUAACUCCAUUUAGUUUCACCAGCAUUUCAGCGCAUUUCACCAGUAUUACCUGCUGCUUGGGUGCGUAGUAGAAGGGCACGUCAGUAUUUGCUCACUUCUGCUCUCGUUGGGGUGAAAUCCCUUCUCCUGUUCCUACACAAGCUGCUUUGAUUGGCUUCCAGCAGGACUUCUUCCUUGUCUAGACCGCGUGUGUGCGCGUGUGUGUGCGUGGGUGGGCGCGGGCGAGCCCUGCGUGAUGACGAACGCCGCUUUCCUCUCCGCAGAUCUUAGAAACCAGCCGUACCGACGGGCCGACGCGGUGAGGAGAAGCGUCAGGCGGCGCUUUGAUGAUCAGAACUUGCGCUCUGCAAACGGUGCUGAAAUAACCAUGUGAGCUGGAGACCUGCAGGUGUCAAGGAAAGGGGGUGCUCGAGUGAUACGGUGUCCGUGUGAACUCUGUGUUCUGCCACUCAUUUACAGCCUUGGGGACAGUCAAAUUUACCUUCUAAAGGGCUCCGAGACCUAGAAAACACAUAGGAAUGUCAGCGAUGGGCUCUCCACUCAACCGUAGCUAACAAGUGCCUAUAAUUGAAGUACCUGCUCAAAUUAAUCAAAGCAAUAGGACUUGAUUUGAUUGGGUAUCUUUUUACACCAAUACAUUAUUCAGUAUUUUUAACCAAAAUGUAAAAUACGUGUUGUUUUGGGUGUUUAGUUUGGUUUGAUGCUAUAAAAGGUUAGUGACUGGUCUCCUGUGGACCUGACCCGCAUCCUGACUGGUUGUAAACAGGUAAUACUUGGACGUGCUCUGCUUUUAAAUGCAUUCCUGUGCUGUCCGCCAAGGGGUUAACCUUGGCUUCAGCUGCACUUAGUGGCUUUUUGGGUUGGGGUUGUUUGGGGGUUUUUUGGUUUCUUUUUAAAGAUUAAAAAGGAAUACAUUUAAGGGCUUUCUAUAUGUAAUGUGGAAAUAAUUCCAAGAAGAGACCCGUACCUUUUCCCACCACACAGACUCCACACCACUGUAGCUGGGAUGUGGCACCGUGUCCAUCGGUGAUCACAAGACGCGUAGCGAACGACCACGCGUCUUCCCCGUGAGGUCGUGCCGAGCGCGGGGUGCCGGGGGGCAAACGCCAGCGCACAAAAGGAGGAGGGUGGCCAAGGCACGUACUAUGUUCUUCAGCUAGAGGCAGCUUUUGAAUAACAGUGUAUUUAUUAAUUCGCACUAAGGUAUUAACAUCUCAGUAAUCAGUAUUAGGAUUCCGAGGACCGUUGCAGUUCAGUUACUCGCGCGGAGUCAUCCUGUGCCCUGCUCCGUAGGAUUAAUACCCCGCUCCGGCUCUGAGUUCCUUGGACAAUCCAGCUCAGGUUCCCUGCUAAGGAUUGUUCGGUUAGCCAAGGGAAGCCCGGCCUGAAAAAUCCUGGUAGGUUACAGGUUGUGUCGCAUUUGUAAAGCAUAAAAAGGGACGCCAGACCCCCUUUAGCAGCAUCGUGCCCCCCCCCCGCCCCCCCGCUGGUUUGCACCAGAUCCCAGAGCAGCAAGGCGAAGCCGAGUCCGUGGCGGCAGGGUACACGAUCUUCUCAGAAGUGAAGAACUGGAUGGACGAGAACUUUGUACUUCCCAAGCUACGUUUUGCUUCCAACUUACCUUUCCUGGUCUCACUGCAUCCAUAUGUUAAUUGUAAAAUUUAUUGUAUAGUAUUUAACCACUGAAUUUCUUUUUCUUUUAUGUUGUGCUUAUGUGAACCACUGGUGAAGGUCCCAUUUUUUUUUUUUUUCCUGGAUAAUGUGUAGUUAUAUGAUAAUCUGUUUUUAAAUGUACAGAUAUUUUGCUACAAAAUUGGUGCAGUUUUUUAUGGUUUUUACACUUCUCUCUUAUUCCCACUUUAGCCUCUGGGUAAUAUUGUAAAUAUUGUUUAAAAAAAAAAAAAAAGCAUCAGCCUGUGCUAUACAAUCUGAAUGUUAUUUUAACUUAUAGUUUUUGUUUUUAUAUUUAACUAAAUGGACAGUUUGGGGCUCAAAGUUACCACAUUGACCUCUGCUUACCUAUUUACAGGAAGUUUAAAAACUGCCACCUCCUUGCAUUUACAGCACCGUGUACCUGACAUGCUAAAGAGAACAUGCCAAACCACCUCGUUCUUCACUGGAAGUGACAGAAGGGCGUAGUAAUCUGUGUAAGAAAAUUUGACAAUUAAUUUAAUCAAUCAUUAGGCAAAUGGUUAAAAGCACUAGCUCUCAUGUUCUUAAGCUCCAAGGUAUUUUUUUAAUUGAAGACAAAAAGUAGCAUACAACUAGAAUAUAACACUGGCAUGUUCUCUUUAAUAUUUUUCUAGUAAUAGACCUGCUUCUUAGCAAUAUUAGAAGUGUUUUAUAAAAGCAGUUCAUGUUACUUCCCUGAUCUGUUCCUGGCAUAAGAUCAAAUAAACUAUUUACACUACUA